AUGGAAUCCGUGUGUGUGGAUGAACCGGAGGAGCCAGAGCCAAGGAAGAGCAUGAAUGGAGCCCACCAGGCGAUGGAUGGUGACGAUGAUGAGCUCAUCCUGCUUGGCGUGGAACAUGUGCAUGAAGAUGCCGAGCUCAUCUUUGUGGGUGCCACAUCAGGUUCAAAACCAAUCGUGUCUACCAUUCUGAACAGAGUCACCCCAGGGUCACAUUUAAGGAGGAGGAAGUAUAUUCGGUGUAGGCCAGAGCGGGCUCGUAGUAUCUCACAGCCUGGAAGUCUUAUGACUGCUCUGUCAGAAGUGGUGGCACCAGCUUCUCCACCUCAGUCGAGAUCCACUGAUAGUCCUAUUAUUAUUGAAUCUUUGCCUAACUCUGAUUGUGGAAGUAACUCCCCACAAGCCUCACCCAGCUCCCCUCCAGUUAAAUUCCUGUGUUCUCUGCCACCCCCAGGAGGAGCAGCUUUUUCUCUGGAUUUGAGUGAAAGGCCUUGUGUAGAUAAGCUACUUUCCACAUCUGAAGUCAACCGUGUGAAUCUCAAGAGACCUCAACUCAGUGAUGGGAUCUUAGGGGACCCUCCUUCACCACUGUCCCCUUCAGAUAUCCCCACUACCCAGGCUGCCUGGCUAAACACACCCUCACAAGCUGUUAAUACCUCAGUAAACCAUGUUCAGGAGAGAACACCUUUCCUCACAGCUUUUCCAAAGGAUAAUGCCAACCUCAAGCCUAUAAAUUCAUACAGGGAAACUGGGAAACUGGUAAAAAUGGACCUUUCAAGACAGACAAGUCAGAAGGAGACCUUCAAGGCUGAGGAUAGACCCCUGAUGGUGCUGGUUCAUGAUUUCUACUAUGGACAGCAAGAGGGCAACAGGCAGCCAGAACAGAAGACCUAUACAACCUUUAAGUGCCUCAGCUGCCUGAAAGUUCUGAAGAACAUCAAGUUUAUGAACCACAUGAAGCAUCAUUUGGAAUAUGAGAGGCAGAGGGGUGACAGCUGGGAAAGUCACACCACCUGCCAGUACUGCUACAGGCGGUUCCCCACACCCUUUGAGCUGCAGUGCCAUGUGGACAGUGUGCACAGCUCCCAGGAGCCCUCCUUUGUGUGUAAGAUCUGUGAGCUGUCGUUUGUCACAGAUCAGGCUCUCCUCCAGCACAUGAAGGACACACAUAAGCCUGGGGAGAUGCCCUAUGUGUGCCAGGUGUGCGGUUACAGGUCGUCAUUCUGUGCCAGUGUGGAAGCCCAUUUCAGAGCUUGCCACGAGAACACCAAGAGCUUGCUCUGCCCUUUCUGCCUCAAAGUUUUCAAGGUUGCUAAGCCAUAUAUGUGCCAUUACUGGGGACACAGGGAAAAGAGUGUUCACCAGUGCUCCAAGUGCCGGCUGCAGUUUUUAACUUUCAAGAAGAAAAUUGAGCAUAAGACGCAGUGUCACCAAAUGUUUAAGAGGCCCAAGCAGUUGGAAGGGUUGCCGCCUGACACGAAAGUUGUGAUUCAGGUGUCAUCAGCACCCCAGCAGGGAUCAGGAAAUGUUGCGUCCAUUGUUGUGAACUCAUCUGACAUGGAGCUGGAAGAACUGCCCCCUAAACUCGGUACUUCUAGUUCCUCUAAAUUGAAAGUGUGCAAGCCCAAGUCCAAAGCACCCAUAUAG